AUGGAGCUUGGAUCGCCUGAAGCUCUCUCAAAUGAGUUGCAUCACUGUAUUAAUGUUCUUGCUAAGCUAUACAGAGUUUAUAACAAGAAAACAAGGGUAGUUCAAUGGAAAUCAGUGUCACUUUGCUGGAAACUAAGAUUUUCUAUUGAGACCCGUGGAAAACUAGAAACAAGAGGGGAUUAUCCUACAAAGCCCUGCCGAGACCUCACGAGCUCACUCUCUCCCUCUCCAACUCUCCAAGCAUGUUGGCGUUCAAGCCCCCCUCCUCUUUUACCCCCUCCCUUUCCCCAAGACCACUCCUUCUCCGUCCCUGCUUCCCUCCUUCCAUCUCCGCCGCCUCUCCAUAGCCGCCGCCGCCGCUGCCGCCGCCCUCUUGGGGGAGGACCCACCUCCCAAGCCCCAUUUCAUGGUGGAGUACCUCGUCAACUCUUGCGGCUUCCCCAUAGACAAAGCCAUGAAAGCCUCCAAACACCUCUCCACGCUCAGAUCCACCCUGAAUCCCGUCACCGUCCUCCGCUUCCUCAAACGCCAUGGCUUCGACGACGUCCACAUCCGCCGCCUCAUAUCCUCUUACCCUCCCCUGCUCUGCGCCAGCGUCGACAACUCCCUCGAACCCAACUUCCAGGCUCUCAAAGCCAUCGGCUUCUCCGAUGCCACCCUCGCCCAGCUCGUCGUUGCAAGCCCUCACUCACUUAUCCUACGUUCUGCUGCGCCAGGAUCCAGUUCUGGAGAGAUUUCUUCGGCGGCAACGACAAGUCCCUCCUCCGAGCCUUAAAAAAGAACAAGGGUCUCAUCACCCAUGACAUCGAUAGGAACAUAGCUCCAAAGAUCGAUCUUUUGCAGCGGCAAGGGCUGUCGACAGAGGAGAUUGGUUUCCUUGUGCAGAAGGCUAGCCGGUUGAUCACCCUGAGCAUCGAAACGAUUGCAGAAUUGGUGGAGCGCACCGAGGAUCUCGGGUUCCGGCAAGACUCGGGGAUGUUUCUGCAUGGAUUGGUCGCCCUGACCUACGUCGGCAGAGGGUUGCUGGAGAAGAAAAUGGAGCUGCUGAAGAGCUAUGGGUGGUCGGAAAGGGACUUUCUUUCUGCGGUCCGGAGUGCUCCCUAUAUGGUUAUAAACUCCAAGGAUAAUCUCCGCGCAAAAAUGGAUUUUUUGGUUGGGGAAGCGGGGUGCAGCCCGGCCUACAUUGCCUCCCACCCAGUGAUCAUGAUGUAUAGCUUGGAGAAAAGGUUGAUGCCAAGGUACCAUGUUUUGCGAGUUCUGGGCUUGAAGGGUUUGAGGGGCAAAAGGCAGGACCUUUUGUCUGCCAUGACAAUAUCUGACCAGAAGUUUGUUGAGAGAUAUAUACUCCUUCACAAGGAGGCAAUCCCUGAGCUUCAGGAAGCGUUCGUUGCCGCUUGUGCUGGCAGAGUCCCCAUUUCGGUUCCAGAUUAGAUGAGCUAACUUGAUGAAUCUGAGGAUUUACAGAUCUUAGACUGAAAGAAAAACAGCUCGUGGCCACUGCUUAUCUCCAAAAUUCAUGGAUCUACAUUCUACUGGAUCAAGCCAAAUCUUAAGCCUGUCAUUGGUGUAAGCUGCAUUUGCACUUUUUCAAACCUUCAGAGGUUUGCAGUGUUAGUGCAGUCCCUGUGACAAGUAUUUUUUGGGCAGCCUUUUACAGAUUGCCUGAAAUUAUGAAAGUGGACAAUCCUCUCUUUGUAACAUGUUCUGCCAAGGUGAUGGCACCAUUUCUUCCCUUCUUGUGCUAUAUGAUGUUAGGAGGCAGUAUAACAUCAAGCCAGCAGCUAAAGUGGAGUAUCAAGGAGACAAUGUCUUGGCAGGCUUAAAGUUUGAGGAAAGAUCUAGCGUGUUGUGACUUCAAGAAAAGUAACAGGACUGCGAUCAUUUAGCUGGAAAUAUGAGCAUGGAUCUCAUAUGAUGGGGAAUCUGUGUACCUUAUUCAAUUUCUUAUCUUCUAUGUCUGUCCCAUGAGUUGCAAAACUGGUGACAAAUUGAAUAAUUCAUAUGUUGCAACUUGGUAUUUGCUUUGAAACUUUUAUUGUUAAUGCAGUGUAGAAAGUGAAGAUG